CCGGCAGUGCGCGCCGCUGUCCUCGGGGACCUGCGCUCGGUGGGGGCGGGGAAGGCGGCUGGAGAGCGCUGCGGGCGGGAAGGGGCGGAGAGCGCGCUCCUGCGGAGGAGGCUGUGCUCAUCCCGGCGGCCGAGCGCUCCAGUACUCGCCGGGCUUCGCAGAUGGCUUGCCCCGCUCUCGGUCUGGAAGUCCUUCAACCCCUGCAGCCCGAACCACCUCCGGAGCCUGCCUUCGCCGAGGCACAGAAGUGGAUCGAGCAAGUCACUGGUCGAAGUUUUGGUGACAAAGACUUCCGGACAGGACUAGAAAAUGGAAUCCUCCUUUGCGAGUUGCUGAAUGCUAUAAAGCCAGGACUUGUUAAAAAGAUCAAUAGAUUGCCUACCCCCAUUGCAGGAUUGGACAAUACCAUCUUAUUCUUGAGAGGCUGUAAGGAGCUUGGCCUUAAAGAAUCUCAACUCUUUGACCCGAGUGACCUCCAGGAUACCUCCAACAGGGUCACUGUCAAGAACCUCGAUUAUAGCAGGAAGCUGAAAAACGUGCUAGUGACCAUUUACUGGCUGGGGAAAGCUGCAAACAGCUGCACAUCCUAUGGUGGAACCACACUGAACCUGAAGGAGUUUGAAGGGCUGUUGGCUCAGAUGCGAAAGGAGACUGACGACAUUGAUAGCCCGAAGCGCAGCAUACGAGACAGUGGCUACAUCGACUGCUGGGACUCUGAACGCAGCGACUCCCUCUCUCCUCCUCGCCACGGACGGGAUGACUCCUUUGACAGCCUGGAUUCUUUUGGCUCCCGCUCCAGGCAGACACCUUCACCAGAUGUCGUUCUCAGGGGAAGCAGUGAUGGAAGAGGAAGCGAUUCUGAAUCAGACUUGCCGCACCGGAAGUUGCCAGAUGUGAAGAAAGAUGAUAUGUCCGCACGAAGGACUUCUCAUGGUGAGCCGAAAUCAGCAGUGCCUUUUAACCAGUACCUCCCGAACAAAAGCAACCAGACGGCCUACGUCCCGGCGCCUCUGAGAAAGAAGAAGGCGGAGCGGGAGGAAUUCAGGAAGAGUUGGAGCACCGCCACCUCCCCCCUGGGUGGGGAAAGGCCCUUCAGUUACCCUGAAACCAUAGAGGAGGAGGGAAUUGACACAGGGUCUCCCACUGAAGAUGACCCGAGCAGCCAGAUGGGCGCUGAUGGGAAACCUGACAGUAAGUUAGAAGCUCCUCCCAGCAAUGGUGAGGACCAGUCUCCUGGGGAUGCUGCUGUGGUGCCAGCUGCUCUUCCUGAAGACAGAGAUGCUGUGGAGAGCCAAAAGCGCAGAAAGCUGGAGCAAGCUGGGAUCAAGGUCAUGCCUGCCGCACAGCGCUUUGCCAGUCUAAAGCAAUCAAGUGAAGAGAAAGAAGCUAUUCGUGAUAUAGUCCUCCGGAAAGAAAACCCUUUCCUGACCCACCAACAUGGCAAAGAUUCAGAGUCGGAGGAUGAAGUUGCAUGCCAACUGCCUGACCUUGAGAAAGAUGACUUUGCUGCCAGGAGAGCAAAGAUGAACCAAAGCAAGCCAAUGGUGCCACUUAAUCAACUGCUCUAUGGGCCUUACCGAAAUAAAGACGCAGAGAAGGCGGGUGGCAGCAAACAGCUCUCAAAGGGACUGUCAGACAAGAAAAAUCUAGGAUUUAAAAGAAACCAGGGUCAGCGAGAAGAUGUCAACACAACAGUGGCCUGUAUCAUGCAAACCCAGAAGAAGGAUGAACCACUGGAAACAAAUUUCAGGAAGACACCAGAUCGUCAUAAGGAUGACCUGGCCCAGAGAAGAAUCCAGGGCAGACUUACCCCUCACCGUGAGGCUCCGAGCUUCAUCAAACUCUCUGGGAUUACGGAAGCUGACCUGGAGACUUGGGAGAGAUUGAAAGUGUCAGGAGAGACGAGGGACGGAGAUGCUCAGGACACCUGUGCCCCUGAGCCCUCACCAGAAAUCGACACAGAAACCGCCAUCCGGGAUGAUUUUGCCAGCCGUAAAGCAAGGGCUUAUAAGAAAGCGUCUGGCCCCAGGCAAAAGUUUGUCCACUUUGGGCCUGUGACAGAGAUAGACCAACAAACUUGGAAGCGGCUCAGCAUUGGCAAGGCGGGGCCUAGGGACAAUGUGGAGGUUGUCAGUCACAGCAGCCAGAACCAAAUUUCCUCUGGGUCACCUCCCUCUACUGCAACUUUUGGCUUAAAGGAAGAACAAAUGCUUAGUCCACAGAGUGACCGCAGGACAGUGCCUUCUGGCACAGAUGGCCGUCUCAAAAAGGCCCCGUGGCUGGCGCCAGUGCUGGAGUCUCAGGAAGAACAGGUCUGCAUUCAGAGCAACAACCCAAAGACAGAGGAAGUUACACCCACACAGCUGCCACAGGAUGGCAGAGAACAAAAUGAAGAAGUUAUUCAAAAAGAGCAUGAGAUGCUGCCAAGGGUACAAAGACCGGAGGAAUGCAGCGGACCCCUAUACGGUCCCAGAACUCCUGUGUCAGAUGACGCAGAGAGCACGAGUAUGUUUGACAUGCGGUGUGAGGAGGAGGCAGCGGUGCUGCCGCACAGCAGGGCCCGCCAGGAGCAGCUGCAGCUGAUAAAUAACCAGCUGAGGGAAGAGGACGACAAAUGGCAAGAUGACCUGGCUCGCUGGAAGAGCCGGAGAAGAAGCGCUUCUCAGGACUUGAUCAAGAAAGAGGAAGAAAGGAAAAAAAUGGAGAAGCUGAUGUCUGGGGAAGAUGGGACAAGUGAACGGAGGAAAAGCAUCAAAACUUACAGAGAAAUCGUCCAAGAAAAAGAGCGGAGAGAGAGGGAACUUCAUGAGGCAUACAAGAACGCAAGGUCGCAGGAGGAGGCCGAGGGGAUCCUCCAGCAGUACAUCGAGAGGUUCACCAUCAGUGAGGCUGUCCUCGAACGCUUGGAGAUGCCAAAGAUCCUGGAAAGAAGCCAUUCAACAGAGCCAAACGUGUCCUCCUUCCCGAACGACCCCAGCCCCAUGAAGUACCUGCGGCAGCAGUCACUGCCCCCACCCAAGUUCACUGCCACGGUCGAGACCACCAUCGCUCGCACCAGUGUCCCAGAGAGCAUUGCGGCAAUAGGCACUGGGUCUCCAAGCAAAACCAUCACUCCAAACACAGUGCCUAUGCUGACCCCCAGGCCUUACUCCCAGCCCAAAAACUCUCAAGAGGUUCUGAAGACUUUUAAGGUAGAUGGGAAGGUCAACAUGAAUGGGGAAAUGGCCCCUGGAGAUGAGGAAGGAAAGGAAAAAGAAGGCCCCGCAGCAGCAGCCCCUGGCCCUUCCUUAACCAAGUCCCAGAUGUUUGAAGGUGUGGCCACGGUGCACGGCUCUCCCGUGCAGGUGAAACAAGGCAGCAACAGCAUCGAGAUCAACAUCAAGAAGCCAAAUUCUGCUCCCCAGGAACUGACAGCAGCCUCUGAGGAAACUGAAUCGAACGGCCAAGAGGAUGAAGACGGUGAAGAAAGGCCAGGGAUAGGGGAUUUGGAGCCUGACUCGGCAGAACCCCAGCACUUUACGACAACUGUGACUCGGUGCAGCCCAACAGUGGCCUUGGUGGAGUUUUCAUCCAACCCACAGCUGAAGAAUGAGGUGCCAGAACAAGGCCAGAAGAAGCCAGAAAAGGAGAUGAGUGGGAAGGUGGAGUUAGUGUUGUCACAGAAGGUGGCAAAGCCAAAAUCCCCAGAGCCAGAAGCAACCCUGACGUUUCCAUUUCUCGACAAAAUGCCUGAAACCAACCAACUACAUUUGCCAAAUCCCAGUUCUCAAGAGCUGCCUGGCAGUGCCCCGCUGAGAGUUCAGAACUCUUGGCGACGGUCCCAGUUUUUCUCCCAGUCAGCGGAUUCUCCAAGCAGUGAAAAGUCCCCUGGGAGCACACCUUUUAAGUUCUGGGCAUGGGACCCAGAAGAGGAGCGCCGGCGACAGGAGAAAUGGCAGCAGGAGCAGGAACGUCUGCUGCAGGAGAGGUAUCAGAAGGAGCAAGACAAGCUGAAGGAGGAGUGGGAAAAGGCCCAGAAGGAGGUCGAAGAAGAAGAACGCAGAUACUACGAGGAGGAGCGUAAGAUAAUUGAAGACACGGUGGUUCCAUUCACUAUUUCCUCAAGCUCUGCAGACCAACUGUCUACGUCCUUGUCUGUAACUGAAGGCAGCGGGACAAGGAAUAAGAUGGUCUUGGAAAACUGCCCAGACAAAGAAAAUGAGAGAAGACAGAAGACGCCUUUCCAGGAGAAUGACAGUGAUUCAUUGCUCAAAACUAGAGAAGGUGGUCUGCCAGAGGAGCAGAGCCUAACUCCAAGUCCCUCGGCUAACCCUGAAAACUCUGUGUCAAAAGGAAUCCAUCAGGACCCACAGCCAGAGGCAGAGGCUGGGGCCCCACACUGUGGUACGAACCCACAGCCAGCUCAGGAUCCACCUUGGAAUCAACAGAUGCUAAACCCACCAACAUCCACGUCGGAAGAUGUGAAGCCCAAAACCUUGGCCCUGGAGAAAACCGUCAAUCAUCAGAUGGAGUCUCCGGGGGAAAGGCGGAAGAAAAACCCUCGAGAGAACUUCCAGGCUGGGCCCCUGUCCCCGUGCCCUCCCACCCCUCCCGGCCAGUCUCCAAACAGGUACACGAGGUCUAUAAGCGGGAAGAAGCUGUGCUCCUCCUGCGGGCUCACUUUGGGUAAAGGCGCCGCGAUGAUCAUCGAGACCCUGAAUCUCUACUUUCACAUUCAGUGUUUCAGGUGUGGCAUCUGUAAAGGACAGCUCGGAGACGCAGUAAGCGGGACAGACGUCAGGAUUCGCAAUGGUCUCCUAAACUGUACUGACUGCUACAUGCGAUCCAGAAGUGCCGGCCAGCCUACAACACUGUGAUGAGGUUGGGAGCUUCCGGGUCACUGAGGAUUUUUCUACUAAGAGUGUCCCUUGGCAAUUGCUUUAUUAAACCCCAAGUCCAGGGGAUUCUUGGCAUUCACCUAGUUUCUGGGAGACUCUCCUACAAGGUGGUAUCUGCUCUUUUGUAUUGCAGCACAAUGUUUGUGCUUCUGGUUGGGUGGGGAGGGGCUGGGCUUUUUUCUUCUUCUUCUUCUUCUGCAUUUGCACAGUGUAUACACAAGCAUAAUGCAUUUGGGAUGACCCUGAAGAGUCAACAAAUGGUUUUAGCACCGGCUGAGCUGCUUCUGGUUGCAAAGGUGUUACUCUCUUGCCUGGGGAAGAGCAGAAGGGUGCAAUAAACCUGUUGUGUUUUAGUGUUCCUAGAAAUUAAACACGUUAUGUUUACAGAAAUGAGCUGCAGGAAGUGCAAGACAUGCCAACUUCAGAGCAUAAAGUGAAUGCAUUUCUAGAUACCCCAGCAAGUUCUGACUCUGAACUAUAACUUUUUUUUUUAAUGCAAAGACACUCGUCUGAUAAUAUAUACUGUAUUCCCGGAGACAUUUGUGUUACUUACCCUUGGGGGCAGAAGUCCUACCAAUAAAUUAUCACACUGUUAGUAGUAGAUUUUGUGUACCCUGGAAGUCAUGUCAUUAAUAUAGAUUGGUCCCAUCAAAGGAAGAGAGCCCUUGCAAUGUUCCUAGACUUCCUCCCUGCAACACGGCGCAAAGGUAGGAAGAAACAGGAAGGAAGCAGAUCAGCCAUUAUCUUCAAACGUAUUAUGAAGUCUAUGAGGAAGUACAAUGUACAAGGCCACUAUGGCAGCAGUAGCCUUGAGCGUUGGAUUGCUAGCUCUCUCCAAGCCCUGGGGUAGGGGUUGUCAAUAAGGGGCUUGAUGUGAGGUUGUGGGUAUUAGGCAUCGAGGACAGUCCGGUUUUUAGGAACGAGUACAUCUCCUGUCUGCCUGCAAAUUCUCCUUGAGGGCCUGAAGCCCAGGUAUCCAAAGAAAAGCAUUCAGUCCAUCCUAACAGAACCCAGAAGGUAUGUCAUGACAAGCCCGCAACCUGAUCUGCAAGUGGCAGCAACGUGGCAGCCCCUGCCCGCUCCUGUGGACCUGUGUGCACCUUGCUGCCCCUGCCCCUGCCCGCUCCCGCGGACCUGUGUGCGCCUUCAUCCUCCCGCAUCAUCAUCUUUAUUCUCAAGAAUUCUGGACCUGACUCGCCGUUCAGAAAGCGAUUCCUGCGGAAGCCUGGUUUAUUCAGUGCCCCCCGUGAUAAGUUUCAGCCGGACACGAAAGGAAUGCAGUGGUUAAAGCAUAGUGACUUAGCUUCCAGGCCGAUUUCCUUACGACGAAGAACUAUUUAUUCUGCCUUAAAGGGAUGGCAACUGGGUGGAGAUGACGUCGGGUGAAUAUAGACUAUGGGUACACUCCUAGUAGGCUAAUGUAGCAUAGAAAGAGAGCAGGUAGGUGUUUUUCUGUUAUGUAAGCAAUAACUUUUUCUGUGUCUUAUGGAGUAUGACUAGCAAUCAUUUAUUUCCAUGCUAGACAGUUCUUUGCAUGUGGGUUUUUUAUAGGUGCAGACAUCUCGGCCAAUGGAGGUCCACUGGCCACUUUGUCAUUUGGACGAGCUGUUACUGGAUUGAAAUUCACACACCAUUUCACUAAAAAUUGUGCCUUAGAAAACGCAAAGCUGUUGCACACAGUGACGAACGGCAGAUUCGGAACACCAAAGGGAGACGAAGUCACUCCCUAGUUCCCACGGCUUCUCUCGGAGGUGUUUGCUGCUUUACGAGGGGGAAAAAAAUGAAUAAAAGAUUUUAAAAGACAAAUUUAAAAAAAAAAGGAAAAAUUUAAAAAGAAAAAGAGAAGUUUUGAAAAUGUACAGAUCAAGUCCAAUAUUUUGAUGAAGCACCUGCAUGUUUUAUUAACUAUUUUAAUAAAUGUGGAUGUUUACACUUCGCAUGAUACUAACAGAGUACUUUAUGAGAAACGAUGCACAAAACAUGUACAAUACGGCCCUUCAUAAGCGACUUUUAUAGAAUCCUUUUUACAUGCGCAAGGCCAUCCAUUAUGUCAGGAGCACAUGAGUAUUGCACAGUCUUCUGGUUUCACAAAGCCAUUUAUACAUAUUUCUUAGAGAGACUCAUUGUACGUGUAUUGAAGCUAGACUGGAGUCAAGAGAAAUAAAACCCCACUCCCCAAGUGCGGAACGUGCUUUCCCGUAAUGAACACCAGUCACCAGCCUGGAAUAAUCUCCAACAUCUUCUAAAUUCUAAUUGCCAACCGUUUCUAUUUCUAUUUGAUUUAUAUUUCAUUUAGAGGCAGUUACAUGGCAACUUCGGCAGACUAGAUCUUGUCGUUUCCCAAUGCAGCAUAAAAGACCAUGAUCUAUUUCUCUUCAAAUAAUCUUUGAGAUCCCAGGGAGGAAAAAAAAUGCUCUGUUGUGUGGAGCUGUAAUGUAAAUGUGUUUGUUUAAAAACCAGACAAGGCAAGGGAGUGAUUUAUUGGUCCUACGGGACCGUAGCUGAUUCUCUCCUCUCAGACUCCAAACACUUCUUUCCCAAGGACAGAAAUGGGUGACUCUGCUUCUCACUAGCAAACUGUCAUGGCAUUUGUCCCACUUUCUGUGUAGUGUCAUUUACAUGAUUCAUAUUCUAGCUACCAGUACCUGGCGUAAGAUUCGGUGAGCUGAAAUGAUCCACCUUUCAAUGUGAGCCCAUCCAAAGAGAUGAUCCUGUUCUGGGUGGGUGACUUUCUGUAUCAGUUACACUAACUUUCAUUUACAAUAUUUAUUCUAAAAAUGCCUCUGAGAAAUAGUUUAAAAAAAUUUAAAAAUGAAAAGUUGUCUAAGAUGCAACGGCUUUUAUAGUGAAUGUACAUUUAUAAAUAAAAGACUCAGAUCGUC